ACCCCCUGCCUCUCGAGCCUCGGGCCUUCGCCCGUCGGAAACCUAAAAGCUCUCUCUUCUCACGGGUAGUUAUCCGGAUCAGGUCACCGGAUCCCGUCGGAAGCCUAAAAGCUCUUUCUUCUCACGAGUAGUUUUCCGGAUCAGGUCACCGGAUCCCGUCGGAGGGAGGGGGAGGGAGAGAGAGAGAGAGGGGAAAGGGACGAGGUCAUCAUCGUCGUCGCCGGCGCGGACGUGAAUGGUUCGGGAAGGAAGGGAAGGAAUGCUACAGGGGAAGUAUGAGAUCGGGAGGACGCUUGGAGAGGGAAACUUCGGGAAGGUGAAGUACGCACGCCACGUGGAGACAGGGAAGGCCGUCGCCGUGAAGAUCCUCGACCGGAAGCGCAUCCAAUCCGUCAAGAUCGAUGACCAGGUAAAGAGAGAGAUUGGAACGCUGAAGCUUUUGAAGCAUCCGAACGUCGUUCGAUUACUGGAGGUCUCGGCAAGCAAAACCAAGAUUUACAUGGUCCUUGAAUAUGUGAAUGGUGGUGAAUUGUUCGACAAAAUUGCACUGAAGGGGAAGCUCUCAGAACAAGAAGGAAGAAGGCUUUUUCAGCAGCUAAUUGAUGCUAUAAGUUAUUGCCAUGAGAAGGGUGUUUACCACAGGGAUUUAAAGCCGGAGAACGUUCUUAUCGAUGCAAAAGGGAACAUAAAGAUAUCUGAUUUUGGCCUCAGUGCUUUACCUCAGCAUUUUGGGAAUGAUGGGUUGCUGCAUACAACCUGUGGCAGUCCAAAUUAUAUUGCCCCUGAAGUCCUUGCCAACAGAGGAUAUGACGGUGCGCGGUCAGAUAUCUGGUCUUGUGGUGUCAUCUUAUAUGUUAUUCUUGUGGGAUAUCUUCCAUUCGAGGACAGAAAUAUUGCUGUUCUUUAUCAGAAGAUAUUCAAGGGAGACACCCAGAUCCCUAAAUGGCUGUCCCCUGGUGCUCAAAACCUUUUACGGAGAAUUCUUGAUCCGAAUCCUAUCACCCGGAUAAAUGUAGCUGGAAUUAAAGAAGAUGAGUGGUUUAAGCAAGAUUAUACUCCUGUUGUUCUUGAUGAUGAUGAUGAUGAAGAUAAGAGUAUUGAUGAUGCAGCUCUCAAAAUUAAAGAGCAUAAUGAGGGAGAUUUUCCAUUGUCACCCACCCAUAUCAAUGCUUUUGAGCUUAUCGGAAUGUCUUCAUACCUUGAUCUUUCUGGCUUUUUCGAAAAAGAGGAUGUUUCUGAAAGGAAGAUAAGAUUCACAUCCAACUAUCCGCCAAAAGAUUUGUUUAAAAAUAUCGAAGAUAUUGUCACAGAAAUGGGAUAUGAAGUCCAGAGGGGACAUGGAAAGCUGAAAGUCUUGCAACAAUCCAAGGGUGCAAAGAGCCCAGGAUCCCUUUCUGUUGCUGCUGAGGUGUUUGAGCUCAGUCCAUCUCUGUAUGUUGUAGAGCUACGAAAAUCAUAUGGAGAUUCUUCAUUGUACAGACAGUUGUGUACAAAGCUAUCAAAUGAUUUAGGUGUCUGUACAAGCCAGCAGCUUUUGAAGACACAAUCUUGUUUGCCAGAGAUCACUGGUUUUGAAGGGGAGAUGUCUGUUGCUGCUUUGUGAUCGAUAAGAAUUUAUAUCACAUAGGAUGCAGGAUGAAAAAUAAUUUUCCCGUCCACAUAUACUAGGGACUCGCCUGAAAAAAACAUCAAUGUUAGAAUUGUUACAAUGUACAUAGUUGGUACCUUGAGAUAAAGGCUGUUGGCAUUUGUAUAUAAAUAAAUAAUUAUCCAUACAAAAUCAUAUGUUCUGGAUUUGAAAA